AUGAAAACUCAAUUGUUUGUUGAGAAAGGCUUAGUUAGGUCUCAUAGAAUGCAGAGGAAACACUACAGAGGUUUGUCAAAUCCGCAGUGUGUACAUGGGAUUGAGCUUAGUCCUUUGCCAAACCUCACGUGUCUAGAUGAGGAAGAGAGGAAAAGGUGGAUGGAGCUUACGGGUCGCGAUUUGAAUUUCACCAUUCCACCUGAAGCUAGCGACUUUGGUUCGUGGAGAAACCUUCCCAACACUGACUUUGAGCUUGAGAGGCCUACACCUUUGAAGAAUCCAACGCCAAGCCACUCUAAGAAAUUACUCAAUGGAUCGGGGCUCAAUCUCUCAACUCAACCAUCCAACCAUUCUAAUGGUGAAGCAUCCGAUUUAUCUCCUUCGAGCCACAAGAAGAGGAAGGACUUGUUCUCAAAUGGGAUUCAUGAGGAGGAGUGUUGCUUAACCGUAAACCCACCACCUCCUGUUAUCGAAGCUCACCAGAAUGAGCCACCAACUUGGUCAAACGAGUUUAGCGGCGCCAUGAAAAACGUUUAUGGACCUGUUACUGCUGCAAAAACGAUCUAUGAGGACGAAGAAGGCUACUUGAUCAUAAUCAGCCUUCCUUUUGUGGAUUUGAACAGCGUUAAAGUCUCGUGGAGGAACACUCUCACACACGGAAUCAUAAAAGUUUCAUGCCUCAGCACAUCGCGCAUACCUUUCAUAAAGAGACAUGAUAGAACAUUCAAGCUGACUGAUUCAGCCUCCGAGCAUUGCCCGCCAGGUGAAUUUGUCAGAGAGAUCCCUUUAUCAACUCGAAUCCCGGAAGAUGCAAACAUUGAAGCGUAUUACGAUGGACCUGGAUCAGUUCUUGAGAUACUUGUCCCGAAACUGAGAGCUGGCCCGGAAGAGCACGAGGUGCGGGUGUGUCUCCGUCCUAAUCUCGGUGGAAAUGAUCUGAUGCUGACUUAAGAAGAGAAACAACUGUUUAGUUUUCUUGUUUGUAGAAGCUUAUUAUAGGAGUCAUCUCUCAUUGAUAUUGGCCACUCAUAUAUAGGCGUUUUCACUGUUUUAAUGGGAAUUUUCAUCACAUUGCAGUCUUGUUUACGUUGUGUUGGAAUCAACCCUACCCAUAGAUUCAAUUUGAGGUUUGUAUAAAGAAAGAAAAUUGUUAUGAUCUCAGAUUAUGAUUAUAUAAUAAGAGCUGUGAGUGCUGA